GGUCGUUCAUGGAAGUGGUAUAGACGACUUAGCAUUUUUAGACAUUUUGCCAGUUAUUUUCCACUGAAAUUAGUCAAAACCCAUGAUUUGAACCCGGAUAAAAACUACAUAUUUGCAUGCCACCCGCAUGGCAUAAUUGCCCUUUCGCAUAUUUAUCAUUUUACGAGUAAUAGUCCCAGCUUUCAACAACUGUUCAAUGGGUUUACCGUCCGUAUGUGUGGCCUUAUGUGGAACUUUUGGUUCCCACUCUGUCGGGAUUCCCUAAUGGCUAUCGGUUUUAUAUCGUCCAAUAAAUCUAGCAUCGAAUGGUGUGUAAGUGGCAAAGAGGGCACCGGAGGGCAAGUGGUGGCUGUAAUAGUGGGCGGGGGUCGUGAGGCCCACUACGCAAUGCCCUAUACUAUGAGACUUUGUCUCAAACAUAGGAAAGGAUUUGUGAAAAUUGCGUUAAAACACGGUGCAUCGUUGGUACCGGUGCUGGCAUUCGGUGAAAAUGAGUUAUGGGAACAAAAAGUAUUCACAAAGAACUCGUGGUUUGGUAAAUGUCAGCAAUAUGCCCUAGCUAAAUGCUAUGUUACCAUACCGAUCCUCAAACAUAUACUUCCCUGGCGUAGACCAGUCACCACAGUUGUUGGAAAGCCUAUAGAUGUGCCAAAAGUAGACAACCCUACCGAUGAUGAGGUCAAUCAACUUCACAAUCAGUAUAUUAAUAGUUUGGAGAAAUUAUUUCAUGAAAAUAAGGCUAAAUAUGGUUUCAAUGACGUGGAGCUUAUUAUUGAUCCGGGACAGGCAGGUGUGAUACGACCCCUGGCCUCCACACCGGUAGCCUCACUCAUGACUAGUCCGGCGCCUCCACGUGCAUACGAUCCACCUGCAAUUCGGCAGUUAGGAUCACCAGAGAUACCCCGUCCCACCCGCGGUAUCGUUCUCUGUGGUGAUCAUCGGACCACCACUGGGUUUACGCGGCGCUCAACUCAAAGGUCGGAAGGCAUUAGUCCGCCGAACACGGAUGUGAUCCUUUGGACCCAACACUCGCAGCCCAUCGAUAUUAAGAGAGCCGUCAGCUGUGGUGCAAACAGACCGACACGUGUUGGUCACACGCUCUCUAAAGUCAAGUCUGUCGGCUAUACUCCGUUCCGCCCC